GACUGAGCAUUUCAGAUCUGCUUGGUAAACCUGGUGCACCACCAUGCUGGCCACAAGACUUCUGUGUCUCCAGAAACUACCUUCCAGGGUUUUCCACCAAGGUUUCACCAAGGCCUCCCCUACUGUGAAGAAUUCCAUCACAAAGAAUCAGUGGCUCUUAACACCCAGCAGGGAAUACGCCACCAAGACAAGAAUUGGAAUUCGGCAUGGGAAAACUAGCCAAGAACUCAAGGAGACAGCUUUGGAACAGUCAUUGGAAAAAGUAUUUUAAAUUGAUCAGAUGGAAAGAUGGUUUAUUGCUGCAGUUGGUCUUGGAGCUUUGUGCUCCUAUGGCUUGGGAAUGCCAUUGUCUAAUGAGAUUGGAGCUAUUGAAAAAGCUGUAAUUUGGCCUCAGUAUGUGCAGGAUAGAAUUCAUUCCACCUAUAUGUACUUAGCAGAAAGUAUUGGCAUAACAGCUUUGUCUGCCCUGGCAGUGAGCAGAACUCCUGCUCUCAUGAACUUCAUGAUGAGAGGCUGUUGGGUGACAACUGGUGCAACCUUUGCACGCAUGAUUGAAGCUGGAAUGCUGGUACGGAGCCCAGGCCCAAAGCAUCUUGCUUGGUUACUACAUUCUGGUGUGAUGGGUGCAGUGGUGGCUCUUCUGAUGAUAUUAGGGGGGCCUCUUGUCAGAGCUGUAUGGUACACAGCUGGCAUUGUGGGAGGCCUCUCCACCAUGGCCAUGUGCGUGCCCAAUGAGAAGUUUUUGAACAUGGCAGCACCCCUGGGUGUGGGCCUGGGUGUCUUCUUUGUGUCCUCACUAGGAUCUAUGUUUCUUCCACCUACCACUGUGGCUGGUGCCACUCUGUACUCAGUGGCAAUUUAUGGUGGGUUAGUUCUUUUCAGCACGUUUCUCCUGUAUGAUACACAGAAAGUAAUCAAGCAUGCAGAAGUAGUACCAGUGUAUGGAGUUAAAAAAUAUGAUCCCAUCGAUUCGAUGCUGGGAAUCUACAUGGACAUUUUAAACAUAUUUAUGCAAGUUGCCAGUAUUCUAGCAACUGGAGGCAACAGAAAGAAGUGA